AGCCUCAUCACAUCAAACAUAUUUCUCUCAGAUUAUUAUACAGCUCGCGACGAGAAAGAACUCGUCAACCUGGGCAUCACUCAUGUUGUGUCCGUCCUCGAGCAGGAUCCCCAUAUCCCCAGAUGCAUCUCAGAAACGAACAAGCUGAGGAUUCGAAUAACGGAUAGGCCAGACGUUGAUAUCUUGCCUCACCUGGAGCGAACGAUCGAGUUCCUUCGCCUGGCCCUAGAGGAACCAAGCAAUAAAGUCUUGGUCCACUGCUUUCAGGGAGUCAGCCGCAGUGCAACUGUAGUGUGCGCAUAUCUGACUUCGACUGGCAUGUCGGCGAAGGAAGCAGUGAAAUUCGUCAAAUCGAAGCGUGGUAUUGUGCAACCCAACAUAGGUUUCGCACGGCAGCUCGAGGUAUAUGCCAAGCGCUAUGCGAAUGUAUCACAGUCUCGUCGC